ACUCGGGCCCGGGCCCAUGGGCGCGCCGAGCCGGGCUCGGGGGCGCUGAGCGGGCGGGCGCGGCCGGAGGAGCCAUGGACUGCACCCUCGUGCGGACGCUCGUGCACAGAUACUGUGCUGGGGAGGAAGACUGUGUGGACAGCCGGACCGUGUACGUGGGCCACCGCGAGCCCCCACCGGGAGCUGAGGCCUACAUCCCGCACAGGUGCCCGGACAACAGAAUCGUCUCCUCCAAGUACACAUUCUGGAACUUCAUACCCAAGAACUUAUUUGAACAAUUCAGAAGAAUAGCCAACUUUUAUUUUCUUAUCAUAUUUCUGGUGCAGCUGAUUAUUGAUACGCCCACGAGUCCAGUGACGAGCGGCCUGCCGCUGUUCUUCGUCAUCACUGUCACAGCUAUCAAGCAGGGCUACGAGGACUGGCUGCGCCACAAAGCCGACAGCGCCGUGAACCAGUGCCCCGUGCACUUCGUCCAGCACGGCCGGCUGGUGCGGAAGCAGAGCCGGAAGCUCAGGGUCGGGGACAUCGUCAUGGUCAAGGAGGACGAGACCUUCCCCUGUGACCUGAUCUUCCUGUCCAGCAGCCGCGCGGAUGGGACCUGCCACGUGACCACCGCCAGCCUGGACGGAGAGUCCAGCCACAAGACCCAUUACGCAGUUCAAGACACAAAGGGGUUUCGUACGGAGGAAGAUAUAGAUUCUCUCCACGCCACCAUCGAGUGUGAGCGACCGCAGCCCGACCUCUACAAGUUCGUCGGCCGCAUAAAUGUUUACAGCGAUCUGAAUGACCCCGUGGUGAGGCCGUUAGGAUCGGAAAACUUGCUUCUUCGAGGAGCCACGCUAAAGAACACCGAGAAAAUCUUCGGUGUUGCUGUUUACACGGGCAUGGAAACCAAGAUGGCGCUGAAUUAUCAGUCAAAAUCCCAGAAGCGAUCUGCUGUCGAAAAAUCAAUGAAUGUAUUCCUCAUCGUGUACCUCUGCAUCCUCAUCAGCAAAGCGCUGAUUAAUACCGUCAUGAAGUACGUGUGGCAGAGCGAGCCGUUCCGAGAUGAGCCGUGGUACAACCAGAAGACAGAGGCAGAAAGACAGAGGAACCUGCUCCUCAGAGCCUUCACGGACUUCCUCGCCUUCAUGGUCCUCUUCAACUACAUCAUCCCCGUGUCCAUGUACGUCACCGUGGAGAUGCAGAAGUUCCUCGGCUCCUACUUCAUCACCUGGGACGAAGAAAUGUUUGACGAGGAAACGGGUGAAGGGCCUCUGGUUAACACCUCGGAUUUAAACGAAGAGCUAGGACAGGUGGAGUAUGUGUUCACGGACAAGACGGGCACCCUCACCGAGAACAACAUGGAGUUCAAGGAGUGCUGUGUGGAGGGCCACGUGUACGUGCCGCACGCCGUCUGCAACGGACAGGUGCUCCCCGCCGCCGCUGCCAUCGACAUGAUUGACGCCUCCCCGGGCGCCGGCGGGCGGGAGAGGGAAGAGCUGUUUUUCCGGGCCGUCUGUCUGUGCCACACCAUCCAGGUGAAGGACGACGACGAGGUGGACGGGCCCAGGAAGUCGCCGGAUUCAGGGAAGCGCUGCGCGUACAUCUCGUCCUCGCCUGACGAGGUGGCUCUGGUCGAAGGCAUCCAGAGGUUGGGCUUCACGUACCUGAGGCUGAAGGAGAAUUACAUGGAGCUCCGGAACAGGGACAAUGACAUCGAGAGGUUCGAACUGCUGGAGAUUUUGAGCUUUGACUCAGUAAGAAGGAGGAUGAGUGUGAUUGUCAAAUCUGCUGCAGGAGAAAUUUAUCUGUUUUGCAAAGGAGCAGAUUCCUCAAUAUUUCCCCGAGUGAUAGAAGGCAAGGUGGACCAGAUCCGAUCCAGAGUGGAGCGCAACGCAGUGGAGGGGCUUCGGACCUUGUGCGUUGCCUACAAAAGGCUCAUGCAGGAAGAAUACGAAGGCAUCUAUAAGCUGCUGCAGGCCGCCAGAGUGGCGCUCCACGAUCGGGAAAGGAAGUUAGCAGAAGCCUAUGAGCAGAUAGAGAAAGACCUUAUCCUGCUCGGUGCUACGGCCGUGGAGGAUCGGCUGCAGGAGAAGGCGGCCGACACCAUCGAGGCCCUGCAGAAGGCGGGCAUCAAAGUGUGGGUGCUCACGGGUGACAAGAUGGAGACGGCAGCCGCCGCCUGCUACGCCUGCAGGCUCUUCCGCAGGAACACGCAGCUGCUCGAGGUGACCACCAAGAGGCUGGAGGAGCAGAGCCUGCACGACGUGCUCUGCGAGCUGAGCAAGACCGUCCUGCACUGCAGCGCCAGCCUGACCCGGGACAGCUUCUCAGGACUCUCGGCCGAUAUGCAGGACUACGGUUUAAUUAUUGAUGGUGCCGCGCUGUCCUUGAUAAUGAAGCCGUGUGAGGACGGGAGCUCCAGCCACUACCGAGAGCUCUUCCUGGACAUCUGCCGGAACUGCAGCGCCGUGCUCUGCUGCCGGAUGGCGCCCCUGCAGAAGGCCCAGAUUGUUAAAUUAAUCAAAUUUUCAAAAGAGCACCCUAUCACUUUAGCGAUUGGUGACGGCGCAAAUGACGUCAGCAUGAUCCUAGAGGCCCACGUGGGCAUAGGCAUCAUUGGGAAAGAAGGUCGCCAGGCUGCAAGGAACAGCGACUAUGCGAUACCGAAAUUUAAGCAUUUGAAGAAGAUGCUACUUGUUCAUGGGCACUUUUACUAUAUUCGAAUAUCUGAGCUUGUGCAGUACUUCUUUUAUAAGAAUGUCUGCUUCAUUUUCCCUCAGUUUUUAUACCAGUUCUUCUGUGGGUUUUCACAACAGACCCUGUACGACACUGCCUACCUGACUCUCUACAACAUCAGCUUCACCUCCCUCCCCAUCCUGCUGCACAGCCUGACGGAGCAGCACGUCGCCAUGGACACGCUCAAGAGGGACCCUGCCCUCUACAGAGACAUCGCCAAGAACGCUCUCCUCCGCUGGCGCGUGUUCAUUUACUGGACGUUCUUAGGCGUGUUCGAUGCUCUGGUGUUUUUCUUCGGUGCUUACUUCAUGUUUGAAAACACAACCGUGACCAGCAACGGACAGGUAUUUGGGAACUGGACCUUCGGGACGCUGGUUUUCACGGUGAUGGUGUUUACGGUCACCCUGAAGCUGGCGCUGGACACACACUACUGGACUUGGAUAAACCACUUUGUGAUCUGGGGGUCACUGCUGUUCUACGUCGUCUUUUCCCUCCUCUGGGGAGGAGUUACCUGGCCGUUCCUCAGUUAUCAAAGGAUGUACUAUGUGUUCAUACACAUGCUGUCCAGCGGCCCCGCCUGGCUGGCCAUCGUCCUGCUCGUCGCCGUCAGCCUCCUUCCCGACGUCCUCAAGAAAGUGCUGUGCAGGCAGCUGUGGCCCAGCGCCACCGAGAGAGUCCAGACUAGGAACCAGUGCCUUUCUGUCGAGCAGCCCACCGUCUUUAUGCUUUCUCAGACUUCCAGCAGUCUGACUUUCUAACGGAACAAGGUGACGCUUUUCUGUCUUUUUGCAUGCUUGGGACUCAGUCGCAGGACCGCACAGGGUUGACGGUUAAGCUCGGAGCCGCGCUCGCAGGCCCGCCCCAGGCAGCACCGGGCCGCUGGCGUCGGGGACGCAGGGUGCCGGGCUCCUGCCGUCCACGCCACUGACCGGUGCCUGCACGCGUGCCUGGGGAGCGUCAGAGCCCGCUCUGCAGGCGGGACUGAGGGCCUCCGGAGAGACCAGCCUCAGGCCUUGGCACUGGGCUGCAGAGAAAGCCAGGACAGACGUGUCUGGGGUCAACAUUUUUACCAAAAAACUUUUUUAAAAAGUCUGAUCAUUUUUAGAAAAAGGCGCUGACCUUGCCUUAAAGGGCCGUAGCGCCUCUCUCUCGGGCACAUAGAGCCAUUCACGCGGCGUUCUGUGGCCGCCGCCCAGGGUCGAAGGCGUUUCUUCCGGAGGCAAGGCUUCGGGGACACGGCGUUAUCUGUUUUCAGUCGUUUGUGUGCCUGGUGCCUCGUUUCUGUGUGCUCCGAGCCAGGCACACUCUGAAGGUCUGUGUUUGGUGUUACUGCUUCACUGAGGCAGCCUGCUUAAUGGGAAAAUGCCUAAAGCAAAAAAAAACAAAAAGGCUUUUUCCUCUUUAAUAACUGUUCAUAUGCCACACAGCUUUAGCACUGCUUUUUAACUAGCAGGAUGGUACAUUUUUUAAGUUCAAGUAAUUAUUGGCGAUCGAAAUUUUUUUAAUCUGAUGCCCUCAGAAUUUGUUAGAAUAAGUUACAUCAUUUCAUCUUGCUGUUCACACGCUUGAAAACAUUCAGGAUGAAAUUCUUAGGAACAUUUUAAUAAGUCACAGGAGGUGCUUAUGAGAUUGGUUGAAUCAUGCCAACUCCAGGCUAAAACUAAAUUCCUCUGACUGUUGAUGGGGUUCAUUUAGAGUUGAUUUGCAGACGCCACACUCUGGCCGCUGGGAGAAGGGCCCUGAGCUCUGUGUGUCCGUAGCCGAGGCCGUGACCCCAGGGUGCCUGGAGCCUGCACUCCGGGCACACACAGGGUCAACGUGUUGUUGCUGGAGAACCGUCCAAUUUCUGCAAAACUUGGGAGGAACAAACACUUGACUAGCCGUUUUGUGGGACGUACUGCAUUUGAGAUGGAUGGCUUUUUCUUUUCACCUGUCCUAUUAAAGCAAAAACCAUGGCAGGCACCGUGUGUGUACACACAUAGGUCAGUUACAUAUACGUGUGCAUUUCUGGUUUCUACAUCCAUUUGCACAUACAGUCGUGUGCGUUUCCGCCCCUGCGAAGAGCAGCCCCCCCAGCGCUUGUCUGCUUCACCCCCUCCUCGCCGGAGAACGUUCUGCAGCUCACGCUUGUGAUCCUUCAACUCCUACAAUUCUCUUCUUCCUUGUUACUGAGAGACUCAUACAGUUUGACUAGAAAAUCUCAGUGUUCAGAUGCCCGGCCCCACUGACCUGUGGCCCUGUGACUCCUUGCACCUCCCACAUUCUGGUCUCAGUCCGGGACUCCUCUGUUUGACCAGAGACGGGGCCGAGGGACGGGGUCCGGCAGGCACACAGAGAGUGACAGGCAGGUGGACAGAGGACAGAGGGACAGGCACACAGAGAGGGACAGAGGGACAGGCAGGCACACAGAGCGGGCUAGAGGGACAGGCACAGAGCUCCUCCCUUGGGGCCGGGUGCCCGCUUGGGGAGCCCAGCCGUGCCGGGGUGGUCUCGGGGAGCGGGCAAGGCCGUUAGCCAACGCCCCAGUCUGGGCAGCAGCCUCCCCGGUGGCCCGGCCUCCCCUCCGCGGGCUCAGUGUCUGUCCUCGCCUUGCAGAGGAGCUCGAGCCGCCGAGCCCCGGCCGACGCCGCGCCGAGCCCUGACCGGCCUCUCCUGAUGGACCCCGAGCCGCGGCCGCGGCGCGAGUAGCUGGUGGAUAGGUAACGGCCGCCCGCGGGCAGCCCGGUGUGCUGUGCUCUUGCUGUGAGCGGUUUUCCUCCAAAGUUUUGCGUGCUGUGCUGUGUCUGUUAGGUUCGUGGUCACAAAGAAAGGCCUUUACACACGUGGGUUCCAUCCCAGGUAAGUGGCCUGCCCAAGAGGCCGGCCGCAUGGGCUGCGUGCCGUGCACACACACGCACACGCCUGCACACCUGUGCAGCGCACACGCCGGGUGGACAUCGCCCCACACGUGUCCGGUGUUCGGCGUCCAGAGCACAGUUCAUUCAUUCUCAUCCGUGGUGGUGGGAAUGGCUUCACCUGAAAGGUCCAUCAGGAAAGACCACCUUUCGAAGUAAAAAAGGGGGUCUGGAGUGAGCGGCCCGAGCCUUGGCCGGGGCAGGUGUCCAGCAGCGCCUUCAGUGUCCAGAGCAGGCGUCUCCCGCCCGGCUGCCCCUCCCCUCCCUGCCCGUUCGAUCCGAACACACGCGUGGGCCGGGGAGGGGAGGUGCCUCUGGGGGCGCUGGGUAGGGCGAGGUCAGCAUCCCCAUUAGAGGAACCGCAGCCAGUCCGGGCCCAGGGAGGGGCUUCGUGUUUUCACGCGUGUCUUCUGCGGGACGGUGGGCCCGAGAAGGGGACACGAUCGCAGCCGGGAUGGUCCACGUGCCUCCUCCGUGUCUGGUCCAGCUGUGUUCAGGGGAGCCCAGGCCGGGGCAGCGAGGGCGGUGGCCAUGUCGGGGCGUCGGGUCAGACGACGGGUGCUCGAUGGGAUUCUCGCGGGGGUCCCGGCACUGACUCUGUCCUUUCUGUUCCCGACAGACCGCGUGCUUGGUGUCACGACCACCUCUCGGGAGUCACCCCCUUGCCUCUCUGUAGACCCCAGCCCUGGGCAGCGCCCUGGGAGGGCGGGGGCGCCAGGCCCCCUCCAGCUCAGCCUCUCCCACUCCCCGCGUCCCCACCCGGCUACAGACCCCACUCCUGUGGCCCGAGGGGAGACCGGAUGCACGGAUCACGGGUCCAGCCUCUAAGAGCCGCACGGUGAAGGGGGCAGGACAGGCGUCUCCGGGCGGCGACCAGGCAGGACGCACGCGAGCCCUCGGUGCACCCUGUGGGAGCAGGAUCUGGGGGGAUCGCGGCCCCCCCCCCCGGGUGAGGCCGCACCUCGACCUCCUGGGAAGCGCAGCUGAGCCUUGCAGGCGGGGUCGGGUCUGGCCCCUCCUCCCGGGCCCCAAAACCUCUGCUUUCGGAACCAGCCCAGGGACACCUCAGGACCGGCACCCCUCCCUCCCUCCUGUCCGUCCGCUGCUGGCACCGGGACCUGCGGUAGUGAGGCUGACCGCGGACGUGUCUGGUCCCACGCCCCUUCCUCCGCGGGGCUGGGGCCUGUGUGCUUCGGCACCGCCUCCUGCCUCCCCCCAGCUGCCUACGCGAAGAGGGGAACCUAUCCAGUAAAGCUUCCGGCACAGGUUCCGGGCAGUUCAUCUUCCCGCUCCCGAGGAUGCGGCUCACCGGGGCGCCCUUGCUGCGAAAUGCCCGUUUCGGGGGUUGAGGGGAACGGUGGGGUCUGGGUGCCGGAGGCCGGCCUCUGAUGUGGUGCUUAGGCCCCCAUUAAGAGUGGUCGGUCUCCCGGCGGUGUUGUCCCCCAGAUCUGUGUCAGGCCCACAGGUCUGACAGGGUGGCCGGGGCGACCUGAAAAGCAAUAUCGCAGCCCUCGCCGCCACCGCGCUGACUCUGACCUAACCCUGCUCUGCCGGGGGUCCUAUCCGUGUCUCCUUGUGGGGGUGAACCGUCAGAAGGCAGCUGUGCUGUAAACUCCCUGUGACUUUCCUGUACCAGUAUCUUAUUUCUGGAAAUAACCCGUUCGACAUAGCCUUAAUAGUCCGUAAAGAAGACAUUUCAGUUUGAGAUUCAGAGGGUAAAACCAAUGGCUUUUUAGGAAAGGGUCACCCAAAAGCUAAACGUUGCCCCCGCUGGAUGCAUGGGUGGGAUUUAGGGAUGUCGGUUGGGGAGUGAACACUGAGUCUACUUCCAAGACGCUCGACGUUAGGGGUUUCGGGAAGUUCAAAUUUCAGUUUGAUUGUAUAAUGUUCACCUAUAAACUAUUUGUUUGAACGAGGGGAUGAGUUAACAGCAAGAACAAGCAUACACAGGUAGUCGGGGUGAAGCAGGUGAAGUAUAAACAUACCAAAGACUAGGAUGAUGGGCGUGGGGCCUCCAGUGAGACGGGGAUGGGAGGGCGUGUCCGUCUGAGGGUCCUCCAGCCUCCGCCCCGCCCCCGUCACUCACACUCCACGUCCAGCGUGUGGUCCACACUAGACCCUGCAAACAAUGGUGUGUGCAUUUUUACAGUCGUUUUUAAGAACCUAAAAUGGGUAUAAAUGUAAUACACGUGGGGGACAGAUUCUCUGUACGUUUAGUUAACAAAUUGUUUGUAAUGUAUUUUUUUAGAAAUCUUAAAAUUCCCUUUGCACUGAAGUAUUUUCAUAGCUGUUUUGUUUGUUAAUGUAUCAUAUCUAAUUUUUAAAGUAUGUUUUUAAAGCUUUUAUUUUUUACGUUGAUGGCAUUUUGGCCACUUUAUAUUUGAAUUCUGAUGAACAUUUUGGCUGAAUGUCUCAAUAUCUGACGAAUGUGAAUUUUCAGAUUUGGUUUUCUUCUCUACACCUGUUUAUUUUUGGUGUUUCUGGCGGUAGUCAGUAGCUAAAAGGCACAUUUAGAGUAUGAUAAUUUGCUAUGCCCUUUCUUCACAGUUCAUUGCCAUUUCAUCUGCUUUUUAUUUGGUUUUUAAUUUCUAUCCUUCAGCCUUAAAAUAGCUUCUUGACGGUUCUGUGUCCUCUUUUUGCCUGUAUUGAGAUGGUUACCAUUUACCUCGGAUAAGUCAAGUCUCCUUAUGAAAGUUACUGACCUUUCCAUGCUCCAAAAAGUCUUCUUAAAAUUGUUUGGGAAAUUAUUAAGUGACUGUGCCUGACAAUUUGAAAUAGGCGAGGGGCAUGAGAUCAAAAGAAAAGUCAAAGGAGGGACAGAAGAGCCCACCGAAGUGACAUUUCGGACGAGACAAUGAGAUUCCCACCUGACGGUGGGCAGCACGUACUUGCCUUACACUAACCUUAAAGCAAGUAACUUAGUUUUGAAAAUCUUACAGCUGCACGUUCAUCACUUAUUAACAUUUCCCCCGCUGGUCCAGAUGUCUGGUUCCUGACCCACACGCCAUCCCCCAAAGCAAGCUGUCUGUAGGCCGUGUUGCUCCGGCCACCUCCGUGGUCCUGCUUUCAGCUCCCGGCCACCCGAGGCCGCACACAUCCCACGUCCUACGGGGACCCUGCGGGGGCCUCUGAGCCCCACCCUCAGGACAGGUGGCUGCCAGCCGCCCUCGGACCCUCCCAGCUGCAGCGUCCCUGUGUCCGGAGCUGGGAGUAAAGACCCUCUCUUGGCAACUCCUGUUAGAACCCAAAUCAGCCCAUUCCUGUGCCCUUGAUUCCAUGGGGUGAACGCAGACCAAAUGACCCGCACCCCCUUCCCCGGGGGGGGCCGUGGCCCCGUGAGACCCACUGGUGGCAGUGCCGGGCCACGGGAGGAGCCCAGGAGCGCCGCCUUCUGCAGUAGCAGGUUUAUAGAAGCAUAGUUCGGCCUGGUGAGACUUUGCAGCUUUAACUAGAGAACUGCCUCGCACAUGCUGUGUAACUAUUCCUAAGUUCAUGGGCGUCAACCAGAAGUUCAGGGCAAAACCUAAGGGAAGUUUCCGGCCUCUUUCUUUAAAACCACUGAGUUCAUCUGUUUUGCACUGUUAAUGACGUAAUACAACCACUUCUGCUUUAUCUUAAAAUUAAUGGUAUUUAUUUGACGACUCAGUGUAACAGCUUGCUAUGCACUUUCUUUUGGAAGUUUCCCAUUUGUAACUUUAAAAACAGGAAAAAUGUCAGCAGGCAAACGCAUUCUUUUUUCUUUUUUUUUUUU